AUGGAAAUCGAGUCUCAUAUUACUCAGUUUCUUAAGGGGAUAACAAGAAAUGGCGAAAUCCGUGAGUUUACGGCGAAACAAAUGAAUAUGGUGGACGAGUUGCAAAACAAGACGAUUCGAGAAGAAGGGAAGCUCUCGUCAAGAUUGGCUAGCUUGCAAGAAGAGAUAGUAGACCAGCCGCUUAUUAGCAAGACGAAGAAGAAGAAAGAUGGAGAUGAUGAUGUAGAGUGUGAGAAUGCAGAUGAACCGUUGGAUAAACAUAGCAAAUACAUGGCAGCUAUAAUGGAGGAAGCUGAUGAGUUGAGGAUGAAGACAUUGAAAGAGAUUGUGGUUAUACUUGAACCUGCUCAAGCUGUGGAAUACUUAGCAGCAGCUAAGAAGAUUAGGCUUUGUAUCCAACAAUGGGGAAAGAAGAGAGAUCAUGAUCAUACCAACUAA